AUGCCCAACCCCUCCUUCGCCACCUCCCCCAACCAUGUCGUCGAUCUGAUCACGCCCAUCCCAAAGGACUCUACUAUCCUUGGUCGCGAUCCAAAAUCGGGAGACUUUGUGCAGCUUGUGACGCUCAAAUACUGCCGCCUCAUCUUCAACGAUAAUCGUCGUUCGCCUCCAAUUCGCAACGCUCUCGACCAGACCGCGCCGGGCGCCGAAGGCUUCCAUCAGUCACGAUCCUUAAAUUUUGCUUUCUUGAGUGCAAAGAUCAGAUUCCGAUGGUCUGUUCCCUUCUGUAAAUCAGGAUUCGCCUAA